CUGUUAUCGGGCGAUCUGCCUGGAGCUUGCUUCCACUCCCUCCUUGGUACUGCGCCGGCUUCAACGGAGGUCUAUUCCUUAAGCACCCAGGUCGUGACCUGGCCAUCUCCUCAGCCUCAUUCCUACGUUUAUCUGUGUCGGGUUACAUCUUCUUUCGCCCCUCUGUUCGCUGCUACCCAACGUCAUAGCGACCCUAGGCUCCGCCCUCGUCAGAUAACCCCAUCCAUUGCGCACCGUCAGCAUGGCGGGGUGGUUCUCUUCAGCUUCACCGAUCGAAGAGCAGGUGGAAAAGGCUACCGCAUCUUCUUUGGAAGACAUUGCUCUUAACCUAGAAAUUUCCGACCUGAUUCGAUCAAAAAGUGUUCAGCCCAAAGAUGCUAUGAGAUGCUUGAAACGGCGGUUAGAAAACAAGAACCCAAACAUACAGCUGGCGACUCUGAAGUUAACAGACACAUGCGUGAAAAAUGGGGGCACGCAUUUUCUGGCGGAAAUUGCGUCGCGUGAGUUCAUGGACAACCUCGUCUCGCUCCUCAAGACCGAGGGGGCUCCGCUGAACUCUGACGUGAAGGGAACGAUGCUCGAGCUAAUCCAGGACUGGGCUAUGGCAGCUCAAGGCCGUAUGGACCUGAGCUAUGUCGGGGAAACGUAUCGGAGGCUGCAGGACGAAGGCUUCCGCUUUCCACCUAAGACCCAGAUUAGUGGAAGCAUGCUGGAGAGCAGCGCGCCUCCUGAAUGGAUUGAUUCCGAUGUCUGCAUGCGCUGUCGUACGCCGUUUAGCUUCAUGAAUCGCAAACACCAUUGCCGUAACUGUGGGAGUGUCUUUGAUGCGCAGUGCUCGAGCAAAACCCUUCCCCUGCCUCACCUCGGAAUCUUGCAGCCUGUUCGGGUUGAUGACGGGUGUUAUGCCAAGUUGACAUCCAAACCAUUUAUGCCGAGCGGUCUUUCGGAUCGGUCCGCAUUCAAAAACAAUUCCAUUACAAAGUCCAGCGUGAUGGAGCCUCGUGGAGCUAGAGCAGAAGGGGGGUUUGACGAUGAUCUCCGUCGGGCUUUGCAGAUGAGCUUGGAGGAGGCGCAGAACAAGGGCUCAAGUGGGUAUGUUCUGCAGAGCACGACUAUCCAGGAGCCACCCAAAGCAUCAUAUCAACCCGCCAUAGAAGAAGAGGAGGAUGCGGACCUGAAGGCUGCUAUUGAGGCAUCCUUACGUGACAUGGAACAACAUAAACAACAGCAUGCGGCUGCUUUGAAGAACGCACCAUCUACAGAUGUCCCAUCCCGUCAGACCCCAAGUGCGACACCUCUGCCUAAGAACCCUUAUGAGCUCAGCCCAGUGGAGGUGGAGAACAUUCACCUUUUCGCUGCUCUCGUCGAUCGGCUCCAGCAUCAGCCUCCGGGAACCAUACUACGUGAACCUCAAAUUCAGGAACUUUAUGAGAGCAUCGGUGCCCUUCGUCCCAAGCUGGCGCGGAGCUAUGGGGAGACCAUGAGCAAACACGAUACACUCCUUGACCUACACGCCAAGCUCUCGACGGUUGUACGAUACUACGAUCGCAUGCUCGAGGAACGUCUGUCCAGCGCUUACUCACAACAUUCUCUGGGCUAUGGGCCGGUCCCUGGAGGAUCGCCUUACCCCAGCAUCUACCCGUCAAUGCCUGCUCCCGCGACUGAUGGGAAGACUGGAUCAGAAAACUAUUAUUAUGGGAAUCCAGUCGCUGAAAAUCACCAAACUCCGACUACACCUUACUCUCAGCCUCAACCCGACAGGGAACUGCACGAACGAGUUGGCACACGCAGUGGUGCCAUGAGUCCUAAUGUAUACGCGCAUCCCUCCCAGUCUAUCCCACCUACCGUGGCUUGGAACGGGAGUGCUCAUGCUGUUGCAUCUCCGCAACCUUCAAGUGCCAGUAUGGCUUUUCCCAGCAAUCCUUCGGCUUACCCCGGACCAGCCGCUCCGACCCAAUUCUACACCUCUCCGCAGCACCUGGAACAGGACUCAAACCCAGUUCAGCACCCCCGGCAAUUCGAAUCAGAUAUGCCUUAUCAGCCCUCGCCUAUUCUGCAACGUGAUCCGCAGUAUCAGCCACCCGCACCGUCGGCGCCAGAUCUACCCACGGACCAGGUGCCGGCUUCCAGCUACAUGCAUUUGACGGAUCCUCAUCCUAUGCAACCUAGUGGUCAAGGGGUACUUCAACGCCAGCCCACAGAUCCGUCCGUUGCAUCGUUUUAUGCCCAGCAGCAACCUCCACAGGGAUCUCCAUUCCCACCCUACCCCCAGGGAACACCGGGACACCAAGGCCAGUCCGUUGGAGAUGUGUCUCCGGUAGGCAUGCCGCCGGCUCACGCACAGUAUCAGCAGCCGGCGCCGACCCGGCCACCGGUGGAGGAAAGUUUGAUUGAGCUGUAAAGGCGGGGGUGGGGCCGAGUUGAGCGUUUUUUCCGGUGAUACGUUUCCUUAAUUAUUAUAUAGUCUUUUGUCACCAUGAUACCAACGGAUUGGUUGUUUGCAUGCCACGAAAUUGUCUGUACAGUUCUCGCAAUCCCACGGAUGGAAAGACGCUGGAAGGCUGUGUUAGUGCUCGUUG